AGAUCUGAUCUGAAACUAAAAUAAUGUGAAAAAAAGCAGUGGAGUAAAACUACACAUAAAGUUUGAGGAUUUUGAAGGCGCUCAGCUGCUUCGUUCAGCACCACAACAAACAUGGCGCCCAGAGGCGGCUAACUGAGAAGAGAAGCUGAGGAUCCUUUUGAGUCGUUUUAAUUCAGAGUGCUAUCACUUCAUGACGGACAACAGCUGCUUCUUCGCGAUCAAGAGAUGGAGCCCGCAUCCUUUCCAGAAGAGCUUUCGGAGAGGAAAGUGUGUGUCGUCGGGUCGGAGCUGGUGGAAAACUACACUGUCUAUGUCAUCGAGGUGUCGGACGGGGAGCACAGAUGGACAGUGAAGCACCGCUACAGCGACUUCCACGAUCUCCACGAGAAGUUGACGGCAGAGAAGAAAGUGGACCGAGGGCUGCUUCCUCCAAAGAAGAUGUUGGGGAAGAACUCCAAGAGUCUGGUGGAGCGGCGUCAGAAGGAGCUGGAGCUCUACCUGCAGACGCUCCUGCUGCAGUUCCCGCAGAGCUCGCCGACUCCGCUGGCCUCCUUCUUGCACUUUCACCUCUACGAGAUCAACGGCAUCACAGCCGCGCUGGCUGAGGAGUUGUUUCAUAAAGGCGAGCUGCUGCUGCAGGCCGGUGAGGUGUUUUCCCUCCGACCGCUGCAGCUCUACUGCGUCUCCCAGCAGCUCCGCCUGGCCAAGCCGACCUGCUGCAACGGAGAUGCCAAAACCGACCUGGGGCACAUCCUGGACUUCACCUGCAGGCUGCGAUACCUCAAGAUGUCGGGAAGCAGAGGCCCGGUGGGAACCAGUAACAUCCAGGAGAGCAGCCUCCCGUACGACCUGUCCGUCUUCAAAGCACUACUCCAGAUCGAGAUCAGCGAGUGCAGCUCUCAGCAGAUCCGAGGUCUGUCGUCUCUGAGGUCGAGUCUGGCCACUCUGAGUCUCCACCACUCCACGGAAACCAUGAUGUCCAUCCUGGUCCCAGAGGCGAGCGAGUUCUCUCAGUGGGAGCCUGAGGGGGCGGAGUCUGGCUGUCCGGUCACCGCCGUCAUUCCCGUGUGGAGGAACCUGACCACGCUGGACAUGAGCCACAACGGCAUCAGCACCAUCGACGGCUCAGUGAAACUGAUUCCAAAGGUGGAGUUUCUGGAUCUGAGCCACAACCAGCUGUCCACCGUGGAAAACCUCCAGCACCUGUACAAUCUGGUCCACGUGGAUCUGUCCUACAACAGCCUGCGGGUCCUGGAAGCGGCUCACACCCGUCUGGGCAACAUCAAGACUCUGAGCCUGGCCGGCAACCAGCUGGACCGACUGAGCGGCCUCAGCAAGCUGUACUCGCUGGUCAACCUGGACCUCAGCCACAACCAGCUGGCCCAGUUGGAGGAGAUCAGGAACAUCGGAUCCCUGCCGUGUCUGGAGAAACUCAACCUGUCCAGUAACCCCAUGUGCAUCAUCCCGGACUACAGAACCAAAGUGCUGACCCAGUUUGGAGACCGCGCAGCAGAGGUUUGUCUGGACGGUGCGGUGACCUCUGAGAAGGAGCUGGACACGGUGGAAGUGUUGAAAGCAAUUCAGAAAGCCAAAGAAGUCAAAGACCGAAUGAGCAGCAGCGACAAGAAGAUCAGUGAGGAGACCAAGCUGUCCGCUGCUGCUGCACCUCCUCACCUCUCCCCUCCCCCCUCCUCUUCCUCCCGCUGCUCCUCUGCUGAUGCUGAUGCUGCUCCUGCGGUGGUCUCCUCUUCCUCCUCCUCCUCUUCUUCUUCAUGCCUGGCCCAGCAGCCUGCCUGCCCCAGCCAAGAGGUGACGAGCGGAGAAGAACAAGACAACACCCUUCCCCGCGGCGUCCUCCCUCCUGGGGACGCUGCUCCUCCCCCCGCGAGCAUUAACAAUAAAACACGUCGUCUCCUGCCCGCUGCCGCCGCCGCCCAGGUACAACAAGCUGCUGUCAGUCUGUCUGAGCAAACCCUCUGUGGAGCUCCUACAUGUGUAACUGCGACCACUACUACCAACCACUUUUGCUGUGUCUGCUGCUCUUCCUCUCCAAAACCACCUGAAACCAGGUGCUCCUCCUGCAGCGCUGCCUCGUUUCCUCUGCUUCCUUCUCACCUGCUCUUCCUCUCCUCCUCCAACAAAGACUUCAUCACCCAGCUCUCCCUCCGCCUCAGCGCCACCCUGAAGGAGCAGAAGAGGGAGACGGAGGAUGAAGAAGAGGAGGAGGAGAGGGACGAGGAGAGGCAGGACGAGAAAGAAAAUGGGUCUGAAUCCAGAGAGGUUCAGUCCAAUGUGGAGGACACUGAGGUGGAAAGUCCAAGUCCAGGCUCCGUGGACGGAUACUUCGAGAUGGGUCUGAAUGACUCCGUGGAGGAGUCAGUCUGCUCCUCUUCCUCCACGUCUCUCGCCCUUCCUCCCGCGGAGGAGCCCGGGGCCCACCGGGGGGAUCUGUGUGGCGAGGAGGAGGCAGGGCAGGUCACCAGGGUUUUGUGGUGCUACUGUCUUCAGGUGAAGAAGGAGGUGGAGCAUAAGGAGGUGUGCCUGGUGCUGACUGACCGGCUGUUGGGCCUCUUGUACCUGUCAGCUGACUUCACACAGACCAAUCAGGACACAGACCAGGAGCGGAGUCUUCUGGUGGAGGAGGUGCUGUCCAGCCUACAGGUGGACCUCCUGCUGCCGUACCGCCACCUCCUUCUCUCCCGCACCCCCGACCUCCCCGACUCCUGCCUCUCAUUCGGCCUCCGGUCCGGUCCGACCCGCUGGUACCUCUUCUCCGAGGGGGAGGAGCUCCAGCGCACCAGGACGGAGCUGAAGGUGCUGAUGCAGGCUGUGAAGUCUGAGCCGGAGCCCCCAGACUCCCCUUGGCUCCUCCCCCGAUCGCUCCUCAGCUCCUGGGAGCUGGAGGAGAGUCGGGGAGCGCAGGGAGGCUAUCCUGCCUUCCUUCUCCUCUCCUCCUCCUCUUCCUCCACCCCGGGCACCCACCCGCUCCUCUCAGAGGGGAAGGACUCCAGCCUCCCCUCCCUCCUCUUCCUUACCCACAAACACCUCUGGGUGCUGAAGAUGGACUUUAGAGAGCUGGCAGAAAGAGAGAGGAGCAGCGAUGCCCUUCAGCCCUCCUCCUCUUCCUCUUCCUCCGGGUGCAGGCUGGUCCGCGUUCCCCUCGGCUCCGUGGUGCUUCACCCCAGAGAGAGAGCUUCUCAGGUGUGGGAUGGAACCAGCAACCCUUCCUGCCCCGACCCAAAGCACCCCCACAGGAGGAGUCACGCGGUGGAGCUGCUGCUGGCUGGUCAGAGGCUGCUGCUGCUCUUCCCUCUGGCCCAGAACAGGAGCUCCUUCCUGGGGCUGCUGAGCCAGAGGAGAGCGUCUCUGGAGGGGCUGAAGAUGGUGGCCCUGCCCCAGACCUGCAGGCCCUGUCUCCGGCAAGGCCGGCUCGCAUCCAGAGACCAGCGCUGUGGUUCCGGUUCGAGAAACUCCAACAAUAGCCUUCAGGUGGAGGAGAAUCAGCCCUCCCUUCACCUCCUCCCAGGUCUCUCCCCGGGACUGAAGCUUCUUGCCGGGCUCAGCGAAGAGCAGCUUCUGACCUACUUCCACAGAUAUAUAGCAAUGUCUGAGGCGGAGGAGGUGAGACAGGUCCUCUGGCUGUCUGUGGUCCUCUACAAGUCUCCAGGGUGUGAGCUCACCUGCUGCCUGCUGCUCUCCACGGAUACAAUCUACUUCCUGUUGGAAGACUCCGCCUCCACACUCGAUCAUCACUCGGUGUUGGACGCGAUGGACUCGGGAGACCCGGACGUCAGUCUGUGCUGCUGUCUGUCCGUCGGACUGUCCGACCUGCUGUCUGUCAACGUGGGACUUUUCGACCAGUACUUCAGAGUGGUGGGCCGGUCGCCCCAUCACAUCGUGUGCUGUCUCAGCCGGGACAGCUACGGGACGGGCGUCUUCCUGCAGGAGCUCAUGUCGUCCCUCAGUCUGCUGCAGCAGCAGCUUCCUCCUCCGGAGCCGUCGGAUCAGGACUUCUACUCCCAGUUCACCGACACCAGCACCGGAAAGAUGCAGAACUACGAGUUGGUCCACAGCAGCAAGGUGAAGUUUAUUUACCCCAGUGAGGAAGAGAUGGGAGACCUGACCUUCAUCGUGGCAGAGAGGAAGGCUGCAGGCAGCGCGCCAUCGUCCUCCUCCUCCUCCUCCUCCUCCUCUUCCCGCUCCUUCAACGUCCUGCUGUACCUGCUCGUCUUCCAGGUCCAAACGCCCUGCGGUCUUCCCGUCCACGGCAGCGCUCUCUCAGGCCCCUCCCCCUCGGGCCCCUCCCCCCCGGGCUCCGCUCCGUCUCCGGUGCUCCAGCCCAGGACUCUGAUCCUGACCAGCACCGACGUGUUCCUGCUGGAGGAAGACUACGUCAGCUACCCUCUGCCGGAUUUCGCCAAAGAACCACCUUCCAGGGACCGGUACCAGCUGCGCGAGGCUCGGAGGAUCCGGGACCUGGACCGGGUCCUGCUGGGGUACCAGACUUACCCUCAGGCUCUCACCCUGGUCUUCGACGACCUGCCCGGCCCCGACCUGCUCUGCCACCUCACCAUGGACCACUUUGCCACCGCGGGGGGGCGGGAGGAGGCCCCGCCCGGAGGGGGGGGCGGAGCCAGCAGCGGCGCGGAGGGAGAGGUCCAAUGGUGCGUCUUCGUCCCGGAGGCAGAGAGCAGAGAGCGCCUCAUCUCCCUCCUCGCCCGCCAGUGGGAGGCGCUGUGCAGCCGGGAGCUUCCGGUGGAGCUCACGGGGUGACGGGCUCAGCACGAGGGGGCGGGGCGCGCGCGUCAUUUACACAAGGCCUCAACAUGCUUCAAACCAGGUAGCUCGUACAGGAAGUAGCUGCUCAGAAAGGUCACCCCGAAAGGCGGCCCGUCGCCAUAGAGACGAAUGACAACUGGCGAGUCAAAUUAGUAUUACAAUGAGUUCGUAGUGUUAUAGCCUGUUAUUUAUGUGGCCAAGCUGAACACCGGUCUCUUGGUACCCUUAUUUAAAUCUGAUCUUUAUUUUUAUUUUUUGAGUAAACAUGCAUUAAAUGUUCAUACGAAAGGAAAGUGUUUUUAUCCUGUCCAAAUGGGGAUAACCACCCCCCCCCCCCCCCCAAUCACUGCGUAAAGUGGGCGUGGCUGGUUGCUUCGGAGGAGCACUUUGUUUGAAGCACACUUGGGUCCUUUGGUUUUACUUAGUUUAAAAGGGAUAAUCCCACUGCUCAAUGUCUGCUAUUUAAAAACAAAAUUUGGAGCUGAAAAAAUGGGAGUUUCAAGCACAACCUCACUGUUCUUUUUUUUUCUUUUUGGAGGGCUUGACUCACGACCAGAAAGACAGACCCUAGUUGCACAGCAGGGGGCGCUGCAGUUAGAAGUUAAACUAGUUUUUAAGCAACGAUACCUUCAAAUUAAUUUCUGGUAAAUCAUCUUCUUUGUCCUCUUCAGAGAUGAGACGAUAUCCGAAGUCCAGGACGUGUUAGCCUAGCUUAGCACAAAGACUGGAAGCAAGGGGAAACUACUAGCCUAUUAAUCCGCUCACCAACAACUCCAAAGCUGUCUGAUUUACGUGUGUUAUUUAUGUUAAGUUGCUCUUUUGUGUUUGCACGGCCGGAUUCUGGUCACAAGAAGGUUGAUUUAAGUAGCACGCACACACACACACACACACACUGCUGCUCGGCACAAUCUGCUCUCUGAACAUUUUACUCCUUGCACAUUGUAAUUAAUGAAGCAGUAUUAUUGAACUGUAUAUUUAAGCUUUUUAUUAAUAUAAGUAUGUUUUGAGACCGAAGUAGAUUUUGUACCGAAGUUGGGAUGAAAUUUCAAGAAUGAACUCUUCCAUCAUAUUUAGGAUUAUCAUUGAGUGUUAAUUUUUUAUACAUUUCUGGUUCAUAAUUUCAUUGCAUUUUUUGUUGUUGACAAAUGGGGAGCCAGUCAAUGGAGCCCCCCCCCCCACCCACACACACUCUCACCACUGUUGUUUUGGUUACAUGUUUUUUUUCUUGCUCAUGGGGAAUGCCACUGAAUUAAAGUGCAAAUGAAACAA